UACAGACGUUCAACCUUUUCGGCCGCAGGCUAUGCGGCCUUUCGCCCAUCCUACCCUGCAUCACUCUUCAGGACGGUGCUGGCGUAUCACAACACCCAGUCGACGAGCGGCACGGCGCUGGACCUGGGUUGUGGCCACGGCCUCAUCUCGCGAGAGCUCAGCCCGAGCUUCGCUCGC